AUGUCAUUCGACAUCAAUUGGGAUAAACUACGAAACGACGUGGAAAUCAACAACUCCAUUAAAGACUUUCUUCAUGAGCAACUUCAGAACUUGACCUUACCAUCUUAUAUCUCCAACUUACAGGUUGUAAAAUUUAGCCUAGGUGAUAUUGCACCAGAGAUUACAAUACGACAUAUUGGCGAUCCUUUCCCCGAAUUCUACAGUGGUGAGGACGAUGAUGGAAUGAAGCAAGAAGAAGAAUCAGGCUUUGCAAGGAGUGAGCAAAGGGAAGGUGAAGGCAACGACGAUGAUGACUCCGAAGAUGACGAUGAGGAGGAGGAGGAUGAAGAAGAUGACAAUUCGGAAUACAAAUUGUCAUCAAUUGCUGAAAAUGUGUCAACGCUUGAUGAAUCUGAGGCAAGAAAUGUUCAGAACCCCAAACUAAAGCAUACAGUGACGUCAUCAGAAUCAACAACUAUUCGACCUCCUGCUCUCAAUAGGUCUAAAGAUUCCUUUCAAUCAGUCUUGCAUCCAUACGGAAUGAGCGGUAUUCUUGGCCCAGCCAAUACUACCGCUCCUGGAACCGGUACCGAAACACCAACACAUAUACUAAACCCUAAUACUUUAUCUUCCAGGGUUAUCCCCAAAUUUACAAGCAAAUCGGAAUCCAAAAGUCAACCCAAUGCCGGAGUGAAUGACAUACAAUUCAUUGUCGAGAUCAAUUACAAAGGAAACAUGCACAUUGAUUUGUUGGUCACCUUACUUGUAAAUUAUCCGUCACCCAAAUUCAUUUCACUACCAAUUAAACUUCAUGUGACUGACGUGGUGAUCCAUUCCAUAGCAACAAUAGCAUAUCUCAAGAAUUCGGUAUAUCUAUCAUUCUUGUGUGAUGUGAAUGAUGAUUUCGAUGUCGGCGGCCUUGGAUCAGCUGCUUCAACGCCCGGAGGAAAUAUUGUUGAUUACUUCUUCCAUGACCCUCAUAACAAAGAACGUAUUGACAUUGUAAAGAAAAUUAAGAUUGAGAGUGAAAUUGGAGAAGUCGAGAAUAACGUUUUGAGGAAUGUUGGUAAAGUAGAGAAAUUUUUGAUGGAGCAGCUACGAGGAAUCUUGAGAGAUGAAAUUGCAUGGCCGAGCUGGAUAUGCAUUGAUAUGAAUGAGGGCGAGGAUGACGAGAGUUUAUAG